CUUCCGGUGGCGCUGAAGGCGCGUUUCCGCGGGAUCCGGCCGGCCGGAUAGAACAAACGUGGGCCUUCUAAAAUGUUGCCCUGUAAGAAGAGAAGAACUGCAGCGACAGAGUCCUCACAGACUAAGGGCAGCCAGGAGGAAGAUGACUUAGACCUAGAGGCUGCUGUUAAACCGGAAUCUGACCACGUUAAAGAUUUGGAGCCAUUGUCACUGUCCUGGGGUCUAAGCCACGACAGAGCAGCUGGCCUUGACAUGCAAUGUUUGGAGGAUGCAGGGAAUCAGCUUGGUGUGGAGGAGCCAUCUUUGGGGUCUGAGGUGCCCACCCAGGACACAGAUCUAUCACUGCCGGAAGUUGUGGGAAAACCUCAAAUACAUUCUGGAGGAGAGAUACCAUCACUGCCGCUAGGCAUCCACCCUGCAAAAGCAGGGGCCCAGCCUAGGAAAUCACCCCAACCAGGUGUCUGUGACUCUUCUCAAGAAAAGCCACCCAAGACUCCAGCUCCCCAAGCUGAGGAAGAGAGAGAGGAUGGUGGGCUCUUCAUCCCAAUGGAAGAACAAGACAAUGAAGAAAGUGAGAAAAAGCGAAAAAAGAAAAAGGGUACCAAGAGGAAACGAGAUGGAAGAGGUCAGGACGAAGGGACUGUGGCUUAUGACCCUAAACUGGAUGACAUGCUUGACCGAACCUUAGAGGAUGGCGCCAAACAGCACAAUCUAACAGCGGUCAACGUGAGAAACAUCCUGCAUGAAGUAAUCACAAAUGAACAUGUGGUAGCAAUGAUGAAAGCAGCCAUCAGCGAGACAGAAGACAUGCCAAUGUUUGAGCCUAAAAUGACACGCUCCAAGCUGAAGGAAGUAGUGGAGAAAGGAGUGGUAAUUCCAACAUGGAAUAUUUCACCUAUUAAGAAGGCCAACGAAAUUAAGCCUCCUCAGUUUGUGGAUAUCCACCUCGAAGAAGAUGAUUCGUCAGAUGAAGAGUACCACCCAGAUGAUGAAGAAGAAGAUGAGACUGCUGAAGAGAGUUUGUUGGAAAGUGACGUGGAAAGCACUGCUUCUUCUCCUCGUGGAGCAAAGAAAUCCAAAUUGAGGCAGUCUUCUGAGAUGACUGAGACAGAUGAGGAGGCCGGCAUGUUCUCAGAGGCUGAGAAAGCCACCACGCCGGCCGUGAGGCACAUCAGUGUGGAGACGGUGCCCAUGGGGCCCCCACCCCCUCCAAAGCCAAAGCAGAUGAAGGACAGCACUUUCAUGGAGAAGCUGCAUGCGGUGGAUGAGGAGCUGGCUUCCAGUCCUGUCUGCGUGGAUUCUUUCCAAACCUUGGAUGACAGCCUUAUAGCAUUCCGAACUCGUUCUAAGAGGCCCCUAAAAAACGUCCCCCUGGGGCAACUAGAGGCCAAGCUCCAAGCUCCAGACAUCACCCCAGACAUGUAUGACCCCAAUACAGCAGACGAUGAGGACUGGAAAAUGUGGCUAGGGGGUCUCAUUAAUGAUGAUGUGGGAAAUGAAGAUGAGGCAGAUGACGACGACGACCCAGAAUACAAUUUCCUGGAUGACCUUGAUGAGCCAGAUACAGAAGAUUUCCGCACUGACCGAGCAGUGAGAAUCACCAAAAAGGAAGUGAACGGGCUGAUGGAAGAGCUGUUCGACACUUUCCAAGGUGAGACGGGGUUCCCCAAAGUUGAAGAUCACGGUCCUGAGGAGAAGGAGCGUGUGGCUGAGUCUCGGCCUGACUUUAAUACACCUCAAGUCCUACGGUUUGAGGAACCACUGGCCAAUUUGCUGAAUGAGCAACAUCGGACUGUAAAGGAGCUACUUGAACAAUUGAAGUUGAAGAAAUCUGCAGCCAAACCUCAGCAAGAAGUGGAGAGGGUUAAGCCCACGAAUGAUAAAGUUCCUCAGACUCUGGUUCUCGAUCUAGCACAGCGACAGAGACUCCAACAGCAAAUGCAACAGCAUGUUCAGCUCUUGACGCAAAUCCACCUUCUUGCCAGCUCCAACCCCAAUCUUAGUUCGGAAGCCAGUACUACACGAGUAUUUCUUAAAGAGCUGGGGACUUUUGCUCAAAGCUCCAUUGCCCUUCACCAUCAGUUUAACACCAAGUUUCAGACCUUGUUCCAGCCCUGUAACCUGAUGGGAGCUGUGCAGCUCAUCGAAGACUUCAGCACUCACGUCAGCAUUGACUGGAGCCCUCGGAAACCUGUCAAGAAGCCUGGCUAUGAAUUUCCCUGUUUGCCAAAGCAAGUAGCUUGGAUCCUGGCGACAAGCAAGGUUUUCAUGUAUCCAGAGUUGCUUCCAUUAUGUUCUCUGCAAGCGAAGGCCCCGGAGGAUAAGAGCUUCUUUACCAAGGCUGAGGACAAUUUGUUAGCUUUAGGAUUGAAGCAUUUUGAAUAUACCGAGUUUCCUAAACUUCUGAUCAGCAAGUACCUUCUAACCUGCAAGACUGUCCAUCAGCUGACAGUGAGAAUCAAGAACCUGAUGUUGAGCAGAGCUCCUGACAACAUCGUGAAGUUGUACAAGAAGACCAAACAGCUGCCCGUCUUGGCAAAGUGCUGUGAAGAAAUCCGGCCACAUCAGUGGAAGCCCCCAGUAGAGAGGGAAGAACAUCGACUUCCAUUCUGGUUAAAGGCCAGUUUGCCAUCCAUCCAGAAGGAACUGCAGAACUUAACUGAAGGCACUAGAGCGGGCGGAGAUGUGACCGGAGCUCCUGAGACCAGCGCAGACCCAGGCCUCGACAAGGGCAGCCCCCGAGUGGGGAGUGGCACUCGCUACCCACUGCUGUUGCCUAAGGACGUCGUCCUGAAACUGAAGCCCGUUGCCAAGCGGUUUUCCAGGAAGGCUUGGAGGCAGAAGCGGUCAUCAGGCCUGAAGCCUCUUCUUAUCCGACCCAGCCCCUCUCUUCCACCAGCCAGAGCAACUCAGUCAGAAACCCCUCCAAGCAACGCGGUGGGUCAGGUCCCUCACCCGAUUCAGACCGUGUCAGGCCGCCCUCCUUUGGAAGUCAUAGGGGGUCCUGGCUUUGAGUCUGCCUUGGCACUACCUGAGGCCAGGACCGGCUUCUCCCUCUCCUCUGCCCUUGUGCCCAAAGUAAUGCUGCCUUCACUUGCCCCUUCUAAGUUUCGAAAGUCGUGUGUGAAACGGAGACUCCCAAAGAGAAAGGGGGUCAAGGCCCCUCCCUGUCUGAAGCCUGCCCCCUUCAUCCACCCUGCCCCUGUCAUCUUCACCGUUCCCGCCACCACCGUGAAGGUCGUGAGCCUUAGCACUGGCUGUAACAUGAUGCAGCCUGUCAAUGCAGCUGUGGCCCCGAGUUCUCAGCCCAUUCCCAUUGCUACCCUCUUGGUUAACCCCACUUCCUUUCCCUGUCCAUUGAACCCACCCAUUGUAGCCUCCUCCAUCCCACCCUUAAUUGUCUCUGGUAACACUGUGAAUCUUCAUGGACCAUCUACCACUGAAGAUAAGGCCUGGAGCAAUGUGGACAUUGCUUGUCCAUUGACGGAAGGCAAAGGUACCUUUCCAAGCCUUGAACCCAAAUUGGAACCCCAGGAAAUAGCUCCUCAGUGUGCUGCUGCCCUUCCCAAAGAGGAGCGCGGUCCAGGGCCUCUACCAGCAGAUCGAGGGUGCCAAGAAGAGCUGUCCGAAAACUUUACCUAUCGCUGGACUAUUGUGAAAACGGAGGGGGGAGGGCAAGUCCUAGAAGCCCUGCCUCAGAGCUUCCAGGAAUCUCGUAAGUCUCCUCUUGGCAACUUAGAAGAAAUUGUCAAGGUCGAACCUGAAGACCCUGGGGCGGAAAUCUCUAGCCUCUCCUCUGAGCAGAACGUUUGUGGUGAAAUCAAAGAAGAGCCUUCCCUGGAAUUGGAUACUACGAGCUCCCCAAGCGAGGGGUUAAAUGGCCCUGGAGAGGUGAGGAAACCACAGGUCUUACAAAAGGAGGAAGAGAGGUGUCAGCUGACCAAAGCCCCUGCAGCGUCUCAGGAGCCUCCUGAUGAAGGGAACUCGGGCGAGGUGAGCAAAGGCUCUCCAAAUACUGCUUCCUCUUCGGGGGACCCUGGGGUGGGGAAGCCUGAAGACACCUCGAGUGCUGAUGGGCAGUCGGUGGGCACGCCAGCGGGAGCAGAAACUGGCGCUGAGAAGGACGGGCCCGAGGAAGAGGAAGAGGAGGACUUUGAUGACCUCACCCAAGAUGAGGAGGAUGAGCUGUCAUCCGCGUCUGAGGAGUCGGUGCUCUCCGUGCCUGAGCUCCAGGAAACCAUGGAGAAACUCACUUGGCUUGCGUCUGCAAGGCGCAUGAGUCAGGAAGGGGAGUCUGAGGAAGAGAACUCCCAGGAGGAGAAUUCUGAGCAGGAGGAGGAGGAGGAGGAGGAAGCAGAGGGAACAGAAAGCCUGCAGAAGGAGGAUGAAAUGGCUGAGGAAGCAACUGGGGCCGCUGUUGAGAAGCCCCCUUCUACUUUGACUUCACCCCAGGCUGCUCCAGAAUUGGAGAUGAACAGGACCCCACCAGGAGGGAGCAGCAAAGCCGCUGGCAAGGGCCGGAGCAGUGGCCGAGCUCGCAGCACGCGGGGGAGCCGCGCCCGGGCCCGCAAGGACACCGCCAAGCUGCUGCUGCUGUACGCCGAGGACAUUCUCGAGCGGGACCCGCUCAGGGAGCAGAAGGACUUGGCUUUCGCCCAAGCAUAUCUGACCAGGGUUCGGGAAGCACUGCAGCAUCUCCCUGGAAAGUAUGAGGACUUUCUUCAGGUUAUCUAUGAAUUUGAGGCAAGUGCCCAAAAGCAGACUGCUCUGGAUCUCUACAAAAGCUUGCGCACUCUGCUCCAAGAUUGGCCUCAGCUCCUGAAGGACUUUGCUGCUUUCCUGUUGCCUGAGCAAGCUCUGGCCUGUGGAUUAUUUGAGGAGCAGCAGGCUUUUGAGAAGAGUCGCAAGUUUCUCCGGCAGCUGGAGAUUUGCUUCGCAGAGAACCCCUCACACCACCAGAAGAUCAUCAAGGUCCUACAAGGCUGUACACACUGCCUGCCCCAGGAGAUCACUGAGCUCAAAACACAAAUGUGGCAGCUCCUCAGGGGCCACGCGCACCUGCAGGAUGAGUUUUCCGUCUUCUUCGACCACCUGCGCCCAGCAGCGAGCUGGAUGGGCGACUUUGAGGAGAUCAAUUGGACUGAGGAGAAAGAGUAUGAGUUUGAUGGCUUCGAGGAAGUGGCCUUGCCUGAUGUAGAAGAGGAAGAGGAGCCUCCUAAGAUACCCGCCAGCUCGAAGAGCAAGAGGAGAAAAGAGAUGGGGGCCCAGAGCCACGAUAAGGAGACUGAGUGGCCAGAUGGGACCAAGGACUGUACCUGUUCCUGCCACGAGGGCGGGCCUGACUCGAAGCUGAAGAAGAGCAAAAGGAGGAAUUGCAGCCACUGCAGCAGCAAGGUUUGUGACAGCAAAUCCUACAAGAGCAAGGAGCCCCAGGAGUUGGUGAGCAGUAGUCCCCACUAUGAGGCCAGCCCCAUGCAUGCUGCCAAGGAGCCCGGGCAGAGCAAGGAUGUGGUGGAGGCAGAAGCCCCAGAGGAGCGGGAAAGUGUUGAGGUGAUGCAGAGCAGGACUGGCAGAGCCACCAGAAAGGGAGAGAUACCUGUUCCAGCAGGAUUGGCUACAGGGAGCACAUCGCUGCCCACCCGAGAAGUGACUGUUACAGACCGACUCCUCCUGGAUGGCCCACCACCUUGCUCACCAGACACUCCUCACCCUUCCCCACCAAUGGUUACGAGCAGUCAAGCGGGGCCCGAGGUCACCUCCUGCGCCAAGGUGUCUAGUUCCAAACUUCACAAAGACAGCGAGGGCCAUAAAGCUUUGGCUGGGUGCGAAACUUCAGCAACUGAGACAUUGCCCGAGACUGUUGAGCUCCCAGCUUCCUUCCCGGGCCCUGUUUCCUCAAGGGCCAGAGACUUAGGGAAUAAACAGGAGUCUGUGGUGACUGGUGAACCGGAAACUCAAGAGAGUGGGCUGCCCUCAAGCAGAGCUGGAGUGAAGACAGCCGACAGGAUGUCCCCCGUCCACGAAUCUUCAUCAGCAACUGACGCCUCAGAAACAUCCCCAAAAGCCCUUAGCGGGAGUCUGACUAAGGACAGUGGAAUGCAGGGCCGGGGUCCAGAUGGGGAACAGCCACCAAAGACCACAGAAGCUACCGUAUGCGCCAACAACAGCAAGGUCAGCUCCACUGGGGAAAAGGUGGUUCUGUGGACAAGGGAAGCUGACCGGGUGAUUCUCACCGUGUGCCAGGAGCAAGGGGCACAGCCACAGACCUUCAGCAUCAUCUCCCAACAACUGGGAAAUAAGACCCCUGCUGAGGUCUCCCACCGCUUCCGAGAGCUCAUGCAGCUCUUCCACACGGCCUGCGAGGCCAGCUCGGAGGACGAGGACGAUGCAACCAGCACCAGCAAUACGGACCAGCUCUCUGACCAUGGGGACCUGCUCUCCGAGGAGGAGCUGGAUGAGUGAGGCACAGGACCACGCCCAGCACGGCCCGCUGCUUGUCCAAGCCCUGGGCUCCACGCAGAGCCGGAAGUGGAGGGGCCAGGGACAAGGCACAGUCAGGCUGGGGGCCGAAUAGGGCCCAGGGUUCUGCCCUCCUGUGCUGCCUUGUGUGAAGACCAUCGCAUCGUUGUAAAUAGCAAUGCAUAAAAGGGGUUCAGCCCUGUUCUCUUUUUUAUUUCAAAUGGUACAUAUUUAUUGUCCUGUGAGCUAAUCAUGUGUUUCUCAGUGUAAUAAAGACUUGGUGGGUGCAGCCAACAUGGAA